UGGGAAGAGAACAAUGGCGAGUUUUCCCCUUUAGAGUGGGGUGUCGCCAUCUAGGGGUGGGUGAGCGAAGCUCCAACUCAAUUUUAUCGCUCGAGAUAUUUUUGGGUUUUCUCAAUUUAACAAUUUAAAUUAUUUAAGAAAGUAUAACUAGGUUUUUUAAUUUUAGCUAUUUCCUUUUUUUUCAUUUUUUUUUUUUUCAAACAUCGAAAAAGCUGUGAUAAUUUUUUCACGUUUUUAACCAAAAUGUUCAACUGCCAAACAGAACCACCUACCGUAGCGAGAACAAUAGCAAGGUGAUCAUCACUUUUCUCUUGAGUCGCGGUGUCGCCAUCUUGGUUUGAGUGGGCUUAAACUUUCAACUUGAAUUUAAUUAUGAAUUAUGGAGUUUAUCAAACUCAACAAUUCCGACGUUUGAGGAAAAACAAAACAUAUUUUUUCUCAAUUUUACUCUUCGUUUUUUUUUUCUGCAAAAUGUUUGGAAUAUUAUCCAAAGCGGAAAUGCCAAGCAUGAUUUUCUCUUUUAUGAGAAGUGUCGCCAUCUAGGUUUGAGGAAAUAGAGCUCAAACUAAAAUGUUUUGUAAGAAUUGUGAAACUUUUCCAAUUUUAUAAUUUAAGUUAUUUGAGAAAAAUAUAACCUUAAUUUAAACUAUUUUCUUAUUUCCAUAUUUGUUAAAUGUUACUUUUAUGCAACGAAAAAAUUGGUAUUUUUUGUAAGCAAAAUGAUCGGAUAAAACCCGCAAUGCGAUCGCAUGGAGAGAACAAUAGCAAGGUGAUCAGUUUUCUCUUAAGUGGUUGGUGUCGCUAUCUGGGUCUAAAGGGGCUUGAAACUCAAACAUUUAACUUGAAUUUCAUUUUGAAUUGUGGAUUUUUUUUAAAUUAACGUUUCUAAUGAUCAUUCCAAUUUUUAACAAAUUUUGAAUGUUUUCUGCAAAUUUGGAUAACUUUCCGAUGUUUUUUAAUGCAAAAUGUUUGGAACUUCAUCCAAAGCGAAACUGCCAGGCGUGCUUUACUUUCUAUGAGAAGUGUCGCCAUCUAGGUGAGAGUGGUCAAAGCUAACGAAGCUUAAACUCUUUUUUUGCGAGAAAUAUGAAACUUAUCUCAGUUUAAGAUUUAAAUUAUUCAAGAUGAAUAUAACCUCUUUUUUACCAUAUUUUUUUUUAAAUUUGCAAUUCAACUUUGAGGAAACGAAAAUAAAAACAUGGAGAGAACUCUUUCCUUAAGUGGGCGGUGUCGCCAUCUAGGUUUGAGUGGGCUUGUCACUCAAACUUUUAACCAAAAUUUAGUUAUGAAUAAUGGAAUUUAUCAAAGUUUACAAUUCCAAUAAUCAUUCAAAUUUUCAAAAAAAAAGUUGACUGAAAUUGUUGGUCACUCUUUUUUUCACUGUUUUCAUGAAAAAUUUUCGGAAAACUGCCAAGUGAGCUUUUCUCUUCCAUGGGAGCUAUCGCCAUCUAGGUUGUCGCAAUCGAAUAAAACUAGUUUUCACUCAAUCAUGUAAUUUUCCAAAAUAUGAUAAAUUUUUUUAAUAGAUUUUUUUACAUCGAACUACACAAUAUUUUUUUCAUGUGCGAACGUGGUGAGAACAAUAGCAAGGUGACCACUUUUCCCUUCAACGAGAGGUGUCGCCAUCUGGUUGUGAGUGGGCGAAGCACAUUUUUUCAAACUGAAACUCAAUCUUUUGACUCGAAUUGAAUCAAGAUUUAUACAAUUUAUUGCAAUUUAAUUUGCUGAAAAAAAAAUAUUUCAAAUGAUUCUUAUAUUUUUCAACCUGUUUUUUGAAAUUUUUGAAAUAAACUCCUAAGUUGCAACGUCGCGCGAGAGCUCGGCCAGAACAAUAGCAAGAUGAUCUCUCUUUCAACCGAAGGUGUCGCCAUCUAGCUUUAAGUUGGUGAAGCUCAAACUUUCGAACUGAAUUUCUAUUUUGGAUUUUGUAAAUUCAGUCAAGAAUUAUGAAAAUCAGCAAUUGUAUUUGUUUAAGAAAGAUUUAUCGUUAUUUGAUUUCAACUAACUGGUUUUCGUGUUUUUUUAACCCGUUAAAAGUCUAUUUUUUGCUAAAUUUUUAAGAUUUAUUGGGAUAUGAGCAGUUUUUAAAAUUUUUAAAUACGAAAUUGAAAAACCGACUUAAAUUUUUUUUCUUUUUUUUUCUAUCAAAUCUUUGUAUAUUCAUUUCACGUGACAAUUUUGUGAGUUUCCAUUCUGUUUCCAAAUCUGACUUCAAACAAAUUUUUUUUUUGAGUUUCUCAUCCUCUCAAACAAGAGUAGUUAUUGUUAAGUUUUUUUUUUUUUUUGUCAGUCAACAUUAUUUUUGAGGAAAUGUCCCUUCAAACAAAUAUGAUCUUUAGGUCAAUUGUUGGAAUUUUUUAAAUUUGGUCAUACUUUCCAAAGAAAAAAAAAUAGUCUCCAAAAUUUAAGUGUAAGUGGGGAGAGAACAAUAGCAAUAAUACCUCUUUCCCCUUAAAAUCGAAUGUCGCCAUCUAGGUGAGAGUAGCCAAACUUUUAUCAUUCUCAACUCCCACCAUAAGAUGUCGCUCCGAUCGCUUGCGCGAACCUCCCGAAUGUCCGUUGUCUGUGCCGUUUAGACUAUACGCGCUUUGUCUUCUUCUUUCGUAACAAUUCCUCUUCUUUAGUUCCGUCUUCUACCGUUUUCCGAACUUUUGCCAAAAUCUGUUUUCUCGGAUAGAAAGUACACAGUAAAAAAGAACACACACCAACAACAACACACUGAGCGACACGAUUUUUGGUUCCACGCAAGAGCAAAGAAGAAAAACAAACACACACACACACACACGCAGAGGAAGUAAGAGUUAAGACUAUUUUAUGCAUAUCAAAACUUAAAUUAAAAAAAAAAAUAACGAACAUUCAAAACAAACAAACAAAAAAAUCGUGCGAAGAAAUGAGAAAGAAUGAGUUAGUAAAUAGAGAGCUAAACAAAUCAACCCAUUCGGCGUCGUUCUGUGUGAGAGAAUCACUCACACAAUCUCAAUUCAAAGAAAAAGUUUCGUUUCUUUCUCGCCCGCAACCGUUCCACACACAACCUGUGCGAGUGAGUGCUCGCGCGAGAGAGCGCGCUCGAGCGCGCGCGCGCGAACCAAAUUGGCCACCAAUCAAAUCGGCCAACCAGAAGCUAUCGAACCUCCACACAAACACACACAGGCUCAAUCCAAGUAGCCACAGACUGAAUAAAUUUCUUGAUCGCGCGCGCGAGCGCGAAGAAACUCUCUCUCUCUCUCGCGAGCGCUCACGCGCUCUCACGCCUAUUGUUCUGCGCGCAUCGCGCCGACACUCACUCAACACACACUAAGACACACUCACACACUCAAUAUGUCAAUUACAUGAAAAAGCAAUGAUUGCGAAAAUACUAAAUAGAGAUUAAAACAAAAACACACACAGUCACACUAAAACAGGAACUCAGACACUCACACACUCAGACACUCACGCGGCUGGAACUAGCGAUCGUAGCAAGCGCGCGAGAACGAGCACACGCCGGUAGCCAUUUUGUUUUCGAAUUGUUUGCGCGCAACAGCACUGAAACACUGCAAACAAACAAACACUGAAAAAAAUGGAAGGUUUAAACACAAUUGUUUCGUCCACGCCUCGCCCGCCCCCAAAAUCAUGCAAUCAAACUCACUCACACAAUCACAAAGAACACUCACAAAAGCGCGCACGCGAAGGAGAGAACAAUGCGAAGAAGGAGCGCGUGCGUUAGGAAAGUAUUAAUUUUUUCGCUUAACCUUUAAGGGUGAACAACCUCGUAGAGUUCCAGCAGAAUAAAAAUUUAAAAAAAUCGCAGGCAAAAAAAAUGUGAAAAAAACAAAAUUAGAUAGUCCUUAACAAAUCAUUACAACCUUAAGCGCGCAAAAAUGAGAGUAAUAAAAAAAGUUGAGAGAGAGCAGAUUUUCCCCCCGUUUUUCACGCGAUUGUUUUUUGGAAUUUUCCCACAAUUUUUUUUUUUGUUCGUUCGUUCCGAAGUAGAAACGCGCCGCGCAGCAGCAAAACAGCAGUUUGUAAAACCUUUGAAAAUCUUUACUAGACGAAAACCAAAAAUUAAGCGAAUUAAAAAAAAGUGCUGAUACAAGUAAAAACACACAAAUAUAGCGAAAAGUUACGCGAAAGCUGCUAAAAGAGAGAAAUAAUAAAGAAAAAAAUGCUUUUUUGAAUCUUCCAUGAAUAGAAUUUUUUAGUAAUGAAAAAGUAAAUUUAAAAUGAAGCAAAACGAACGUGUAGAAUGCAAGUUGUUGAAAAAAAAACGCGCGCGAUUAAUCAUUUUCCAAACACUUUCCCGGUAUCGGUUACACAAACACACACACAAACUCUUACUUUCCUAAUUCGUCAAGCAAAGAAAAGUAAUCAAACUUAAGCAAGAAAGCAUCAGCAGCAGUUGAAACGCGAGAAAAAAACGGUACAUUUAAAUUAUUAAAGUAAAAUUAUCCAAAAAGAAAACCAAGAUUCUUAUGACUAAAAUGUAUAAAUUAUCUUUAUAGCAAACAAAAAAAAACAAAAAAGAAAUACGAAGAAAAAGGAGAAAACUGCACUCUAAUCUAGUCACCGCGAGAAAAAGGAGAAACAAAAGAGAAUAGACCACAGCGGAAAAGGCAGUUUCGUUGACAGGAGCGCAACACACUGAGGAAAAUGUUCGCAUUAAAUUUAGUUCAUCUUCAGACUAAGGCGCGUGCGCGCGCGCGCGAAGGACGGAAGCAAGCGAAACAAAAAAAAUAAGAAAAUAAAAAACUUUAAUUUCCUACUAAAUCCAUACGCUUUAACUAUAAAGAACGAAGGUUCUACCUAAAAAAGAAGGAGAAAACAAAAGAAAAAAAUACUACUACUAACUAGUACGGAUUGUAAUUCUGCCAAAGAUCGAAUCAUCACGAAUCUAUUAGGAAACAAAAAAAUGCAAGUAAGAGAAAGAAGUAGCGAUUUUAGUUCGAAUCAAGUAAAAACAAUACUCACAAAACAAAAAAAAACACUCACAAACGUCUUUAAAACCAAAAAAAAAAACAAACAAAAUAAUCAAAGAACACAACCCCUCUAGUAAAGUUACAACCAAAAGAAAAAAAACCAAGAUUAAUCUAAUCGAAAUUCUUAUCCUUUUUAAAAACCAAACGAAAACCGCGCCCCGAGCAAGCAAGCAGCAAACUAACUUUGCAUUAGACUUUCUCAAACACACACAAACAAACAAAAACACUCGCCCGCCCACACUCAACCAAAUCAACGCGCUUAUUUUUUGCAAGCAAACAUUCACUUACACGCAGAGACUCACACACACUGAAGAAAAAAAAUAAACCGGAAACGCGUAGAAAACAAACAAAAAAAAACAAGCAAAUUAAGAUGACAGUAGGGAUAUUUUUUGUAUUUAGCAGAACAGCAAAACAAAAAAAAAAACAAAUGAAAACAAAAAAACAAGGAAACAAUACUGAGCUAUUGUAGUAUUAAUGCAAAAAAAAACAACAGAGAACAACAACGUUACAUUGUAAGGAACGGAGAAGAAUUGUACAUAGAACAACCCCCAAGAAGGAAAAGAAAUGAAAUAAAAAGGAAUAGGAACACAGAAAACGGCGCAGACAUGUAAAAUUAUUAACACAAGAAGUAAAUAAUACCAAAGAAUCAUUAAGAAAAGAAUAUAUUUUUUUAUAUGAAAGGUAAUUAAUUGAUUGAAAAUUAAAAACACAUUAAAAUCAGGCGUAUGAGAAGUUUUUUACCCGCUUUUUCCAAAAUUUGAAAAAUAAACAAAAAAGAAAAGAGAAAAAAAAACAUGCUGAGAUAAUAUUGUUCUCUUUAAGAGAAUAUUUGUAUAGUAAAAACGGUUUUAUUAAAUCAUAUAAUGUGAUAGUUAAUUAUGUAUUUUUUAGAACAAAUGUGAAGAAGAAGAAGAAAAAAUAGCAGAAGAAAAGAAAUCCUCUUCCAGAGCCUACUGCAACGCGCGUAAACAGCAAAAGAAGUUUAACACACACACACAGACACACUCACCAACACGGCGAAGCAGCUGCAUCAAAGCAACCCGGUGGUUCGAUCUUGCUUUUACCUUUUUCGUUCGCGACACUCACACAAACAACACACACACUGAGAAAAAAAAGUUUAGUUUAAUUGUUAUUUAAUUUUUAGUCCGACGAAUUACUUCUCAAUUUUACGCUCUCCGAUUUGAGUUCCUCGAUGUGUCGAUUAAAUUGUGUUGGAAAAAGGCUAAAUACACUCACGCAAAAAACAGACGAAACAAUGCUAAAUCUUACUCACUCAAUUAGCGAAUCCAGAGCAGUCCAUCUAUAGCUGGCCCUAUAGAAUAAGAAAUCAAAUCAAAAAAAGUGAUCUGUCAAAAAGGUUUUGUUUUUCUUUCGAAUCGAUUCUCUUGGAAAAUCACACAAAAACACUGAAAAAAAUCAAUCUGAAAUUAAUUUAAAAAGCGCAAACGCAAACUCACAAACCAUCAAAGUAGCCUGGGGCUAGAAAAUCAAAAUGUAGAGCCAUCUAUUGAGUGUUAGCUCAACUACGACGGAGCUUGCCGACACGCACACACUCACAUUGUCGUCGAUGAUGGGUGAUGUUUUGCUCUCUCCUUCAUUCUCGCGUUUUGCGCUGUGGUUGGCGCAGAAUGCAGUGGCGAUUUUUUCAGUUCUAUGGAAAUGAAAUCUAUUGAAAAGUAGACAAUUUUGAGAUUUUUCCCAGAUUUUUUUUUAACUGAGAAAAAAAAUUAAACCUGUUGAAAAAUGUAACUGUUAUUUAUAAAAAUCGACAAAAAAAAUCUAUUUUCACUUGAACAGUACUGAAAUGUUUCUGUAAUAACACCUGUAACCAAAAAUUUCAUCCAAUUAUUGUUGAAUUUACUCUUAACAAAAUAUUCCUUCAUUAAAAGAUAUAAUUAUUUUAAAAAAAUGUGGGCAUAAUAAAUGGAAUUAUCACAAAAUGCCAUCAUUAAAUUGUCAUCUAAAUUAAUUUAUUUUUGACUUGUGACGUUUCACCCGAAAAUAUUGUGAGAAAUUCGAUAUUUCAAUCAUGAGGGAGGAGAAUUUGAUAACAUCUAAAACCAAAACAAAACGCCUUCACCGCAAGACUGAUCGUUUGACAGGUCCGCGUGCGCGCUUGUUGUCUCUCUUGUUUUUCUCCCUCUCUUCGCUCACUUUUCACUCAAAUGAGCAUGCGAGUCGUUCGAUCCGCAGCUACUAGGAGGCGUCGCAUUGCUCGUUUUUUUAGCACACUGACCUGAAAAAAGUCAAUUUUUUUCUUAAAAUUUUUGGCAACUUCUGAGUUUAUGAGAUUCUGUAAAUUUUUUACCAAAUUUUUGAAUUUUUCCCCAGGGAAAAUGGGCUCACAGAGAAAAAAGUGCAACUCCGAUCAGAUAAAUCAAAAAAAUAUAAGAGAUUGAAUUAUCACAUAGUUUGAGACUUUUCAACAUUUAAAAAAAUCCUAAUAUUUGUAACAAUUUACACUUUUCAUUUUUAUUUUUGCAAUUUUGAUUGAAAGGUUCAAAGUUCAUACGAUUCUGUCAUGUUAGCAGACUUUUCAACCUUAAACAAUUCCAAAUAAUUGUAACAAUAUACAAUUUUCCUUUUUAAAAUUUCUGCAAUUUAGUUAAAAGAUUAAAGUCGGCACUUCAAAGUUCAUAAGAUUUUGUCAUGUUAGCCAAAUUUUGACCAAAGUAUGUCGUCCGUCCUUGAAAAAUUUCACAUAUUUGUAAAAAUUAACACUUUUCUUUUUUUUUAAUUUCUGCCAGUUUGUGUAAAGUUAAAAGUGUUUACUUCAAAGUUCAUAAGAUUCUGUCAUGUUGGCAACAUUUUGACCAAAGUUUGUUAUUUAUUAAUACACAGAAAAAAAGGCGCAACGCCGAUCAGAUGAGUUCCCUAUAGCGAAAUCCACUCACGGCGACUCAGCUGAUGGGCAGUAGGCGCUCAAUUUUGAGAGAGAGAGAGAGAGAGAGAGAGAGAGAGAGAGAGAGAGCGCUUGAAGCCUCACCGACCCAGCUCAUAUUCAUGUUCUGUCUCUGACUUCUCAGUCUACUUUGAUGGUUUGUUUUACGCUCGUUCAAAUUUCGUUUUUUUUUGUUUUUCUCUCAAGAAUAAACUCAAACAUUCACAGACCCACUCACUCACAUGAAACACACAGACAGACACACACACGGUGGUACGUUUAACUUCUUUUGAUAAAAUAUAUUUAAAAAAAAUCGAAAAAAGUAUUACAGACGGUUGCGAAAGAUUCAAGAUAAUAUAAAAAUAUUGCUCCUGCCAUACAUUUUUAUAAAAAAAAAGAAGUAAAGUAAAAAUAAGAUUAAAAAGAAAGAUAGUCAUACCGCUAAAUGUGACAUAAGUUAAAGACAGUUUAGUUAAAACACAAUAAUAUUAAAUUCUAAAAUAAAACAAAAUAAUGCAGAAAAAGAACACACACACACACACACACACACACACACACACACACACAUGAAAAAGGCAGUCACUGAAUCACACACACACAAACAGCAGACGUCGAAGAGAAAAGCUUUUUUAAAUCGCGAAAUUGCGUCGCGCCAAUCGGGAUGGAAGAAAGUUUUCAGCCACUAGAAGAAAAAAAAAAACAAGAAUAUCGUAAAACACCACAUAGAAAAAGUAAAGAAAAAUCAAAAAAUAGUUGAAGGUUGCCAAAGAGAAAAAGAUUUUUUUUUUGCGAAAAUUAAAACAAAAAAAAAGGAUUGCAAAGAAAGCAGCGAGCCAAUGUGAUUAAUUUGAAAACUUCACGAGCCUCUCUUGGUGCAGUCGAGUGUGAAUUUAAAUCGGCUUUCCGAACGAAGAAGAAAAAACUUUAAAAAAUUCGCAAAACUUUUACCUUUAAAAACAAAUCGAUCGCAGCGUGCGUCGCCACACUCAUUUUGCGCGACGCGCAAUCAAAAACGAGAGCGUUGCGCUCUCGAAAAAAAAAAACAUUAACGGUCACUCACUCUCAACAUUCACUCACCCGCGCGCACUCUCCCACUCACACGCAUCCUCUCUCUCACCCCAUGGCCUGCUGCUUUCUGCGAAGUAAAAAAAAGAGAAUCACGACGCAAAAGCGAAGCGCGCUCGUGCUUGUGUAAAUACACUGUGAAAAAUAACAAAGAAAAAUUUUCCUUUUACACUAUUCAAAACAAACAAAACAAAACUUCUUGCGCUCUCUCCAACGAAAGUGACUCUUUUUUCAAAAACAUCAUAUCGAAUUAAUAAAUGAAGAAAACAAUUCUUUUACUUUGAUAUCUCUUUCAAAGGAUUGUAGAGGAAAUAAAAAAAAACAAGAAUGACAAUAGCAAACAAACUCAUAAUCUAACAAAAAAAGAAAAUUACUUCAAAUUAAAACCUUUCUAUCUUUUGAUCUAUGGGAAACAACUGAAACACAAAACAUGCUGCGGAAGUUUUGAUGAUUUUCUCUCAUUUCCAGGCAAAAACAUCGAUCAAAUAUAUUAUAAGGCUGAAUCUCCAAGUUUUAUACGAUACCAAAAAGAUUUAAAAGAAGUAAAAAAAAAAUGCAAACCAAACGCGUCCUCUCCCGAAACGAGAAACAAACAAGCAAAAACCAAACAAAAACAAAGCAACCUCUGCCCUUUUCCGGUGCCUCCUUUCGCCACGUGUUCGCGCCCAGCUGUCCCAACUGUCAAAAAAUAAGUAAAAGCAAACUUCAAACUUUGAUUCGGCAAAGUAAACAAAACAAACAAAUGAAAGUUAGUGACAAUAAGACAGAACGCCCGCACGCGCCGCCUACUGAGAUUUACACGCACUACUCACUACACUCUCGCGAACUGACUGAAACGCCACGUGGCAAAAGGAAAAAAGGGCACAAAAGGUGUUGGAAAUUUGGUUUGCAAACAAAACCGGGCUUACACACACACACUGAUCCUGAUGUCCAGCAAAACAAGCUCCCCUCCCCGCAAAAAUUGCCGCCAUAUUUGAACAAUAGCAUCUACACACUAACACACAGACAUACAUACAUACACGGUCCACUUGGCCUUUUCGUCUCAAAUCCCUCCAGGUUAAUUCAGCAUGUUAUCAGAAAAGAGAAAAAAAAAAUAAAACAAUUCUACCGAUCAAAGCAAAACAAAAAAACUAAUGAUAUUACGAAACGCAACCAAAAAGAAAAAAAAUCUUAACGAAAAACAAAGAAACCAACUAAUUAAUGCCAUAGACAAACAGAGCAAAAGAGAGAGCGAGAGAGAACGCAGGAGAAAACCAAACUUUACUGAACCAAAGACAUUUAGAUCUCUACCGCGCCGUCGUGAGCUGAGAAGUAUUGUAGCUAAAGCUGAAAACCAAACCAAAACAAAGAGAGCGCGAGGAGAAGCGCGUUUGACGUUUGACGUUUGGCGCAACACAAAAGAGGUGCAAGCAAACAACCCAAAAUGGACAUCAGCAAAAUAGAAAACAAAACAAAAAUACUCGACACACGCUCACGUGUGACGAGAAAAAAGAACGCUUAUUGUGGGAAAGUAAAAUUACAAAACGUAACCAAAAGAAUUUAGGGAAAACAAAACCACAACAACCGAAACGUCGCGCCACUAUUGGUCAUCUCGGAAACAAACAGACAAAAAGCAAAGCAAAACAGACAAAAAAAUAGAGUGAAAUAAAUGGUCUACACACAAACAAAACAAAAAGCAAAGCAAAAAAGAGAUCGUGAAGGAUUUUUUUUAAAUCGGAGAAUAGAAAAAAAAAAUCGCGCGUUGCACCACAGUGUAAACAAACACAACAACAACAACAACAGAUACUGCGAAGACACAGACAUACUCACAACCAAAAGGGAAAAAAAGAAAAACAAAAUGAGAGAGAAGAAGCAAACACAACAAAAAAAAACGAGGAAGAGGAAGCAUUAGAGGUAAAACCGGAGAAGUAAUAUAGUGUAAUCACAAGUUAAAUAAUAAAUUAAAUAAAUUAUUAUUAUUAUAUUACCAAACCAAGAAAUAAUUUCAAAAAAAAAUAUUAAAAUACAUAUAAAAUAUAAAAAAAGAAAAUACGCUACAUGCAAAGGAGCAAGAAAGAAAGCAAGAGAUAGCGAAAGAGAGCAAGCGAAAGAGAAAGAGAGAGAGAGAAGGAAAACGAAGGAAAAAACAGAAAAAAUGAAAAAAAGAAAAAAACAAAACCUAAAAAAUAAAGACGUUGUUAAGAUUAUGAAAUGUUUUAUAACCGUUAUAAAAAAAAAUCGCUGCGAAAAAUAAAUCAAUCCAAACACAUUCCUCCUGUAAAAAAUUAA